AUGGGAAAUUCCAAAUCGACUUCGAAGAAACAAAAGAUCGCUUUGACAAAUGAGCGGCAAAAACAACAAAUCAGACGAAAAGAAGAAUAUUAUUUGCCUAAAUCAUAUUAUGAUAUUGACCGACUACAACGUCAUCAUUUUUUCGUCAAACAUGUAUUCGGGCAUAAUUUCUCAUGCCCGCUGGAAGAAACUUUAAAAACAGGUGCCCGCGUUUUGGAUGGAGGGUGUGGGCCGGGAGUUUGGCUUCUUGACAUGGCGACGCAAUAUCCUAACUCGCAUUUCUAUGGUAUUGAUAUUGAACCACUCUAUCCUAGCCAAAUAAAACCGGCAAAUGUAAACUUUUAUCGGUGCGAUUUGAUGCAAUUGGAGAAAUUAAAUUUCGAGGAGAACUCAUUUGAUAUGGUUCGAAUAGGUUUUAUGAAUCUUACAUUUAAUGAAGAAAUCUAUGCCAAAAUAAUUGAGAAAAUGUUAAAAUUUUUAAAACCCGGUGGAUAUUUUGAAAUUUCGGAAGUAGAAUUAAUUUACUCUAAUAUUGGAAAGAAUUUUACACAAAUGAUGAAAACACUAAUCACGAGUCUUGAAAGGAGUGCAGAUCUCACUUUGAAACACGAAAAUAUGUUACUCGCCACGGGGCAAUUAACUAACAUUCAACAAGUGAUACGAGUAACAAAGCUUGGAUCAUCUGGUGGUUUUGCCGGAGAACUAUAUUUAAGUCUAGUCGAGGAAUUUUUUAUGGGUCCUAUUAGAAUGUUGUUAGGCGAGGUAAUGGACAUGUCUCCAAAGGAAUACGAGCAGUUUUGGCAACAAUGCAAAGCUGAGUGUAUUGAAUUGGGAACUGGAGUUCCGAUUAAGAGAAUUUGGGGGCAGAAAAUUGUUAUUUAA